CUGGCAAUGACUUUAUUCUCGGUGUACAUUUAGAAUGUUCCACUAUGAUAUUGGACUCACCAGUCGAUGAAUGGGACUUACAAGAAAAGGAUUGUCAGUUUGAAAUUUCUUUAUCCAUAUGUAACAUGCGGAAUAAUAUGUAUAAUAAAAUAGUGAAACCACACUGAAGACAGUUAAAAGACGCAAUAAUGGAUAGGUUAAAAGCGUAUUUUUCAAAGACAAAAAGCGACCGUGAAAACGAAUACAGGGUGAAAUCAAAAAGAAAACCUUCAAAACCAGUUAAAGAGACUUUCAAGAGAACGUCGGAUGUUUUCCGUCAAACUGCUGUGCCAAAUGGAGAUCGCUCAAAAACGGAUAGGCCGAAUUCAACUGGUGAUCUGGAAGUAUUAAAGGAUGAGGUUGCGUCGAGUGGUGCCUUUAAAAUUACCCCAGUCGAUAACGGAGGGAACGUGCUAGCUGAAAUAAAGCCUAAUCAUUUAAUUUCAGAGACACGUGUAUUUAACGAACGAGCGACAGGAUGUGCUAAAUUCAUUAUCGGUGGCUUUAGAAAUGACCGUAGUGUUGAAAACGCUUCAUAUACUGACAAACAUCAUCAUAGAAUUGAUACAGAAAUAUUGUUAGAAACUCCAGAUGGCGUCUCGCCUUUGUCAGGCCACGGGGGCCGACAACCUAGCGCUGGUAGAUUAUCUGAGCAACAUGGACAUGCUCAAACAAUUGAAUCUCAGACACAUGAACAGCAUGACAGAAGCAUUUACUCGAACGAAAAUGAAAUUGACCAACGAGAACUGGAAUAUGAUAAAAAUGGGGAUGAAAUUUACCACGUUAGCAUUACAGAAGACAAGCAAACGGAUGUUCCGGCUACGCAGAAUAUACCGGAAAUGCCUCAUGAAGAGGUUGUCGCAACAGGCGUCAUUUACCAAAGAGAACUGGACGAUGACAACAAUUCGGAUGAACUUUGUGAUACAGAAACAAACCAAGUGGAUGCAACGGACGGAAGCGGCUUAAAACGGACGAUAACGUCACAGAUGCUAACAGAAUUGGAAGACGUGAUGGACGCCAUGACGUUGGCAGACGAGCAUGGAGUUCCGGUGGAUGGCCUUGACUCUGUGGAGGAAAUGUUGGACCGCUUCCGUUUGCACAUGCAGAAGCAGGCAAAAAGUAACGCCAAGGAAAAGAUCGAGCGUUCUAUGGUGCGUGCGGGACAGGAUGACCGGAAGCGGCGCAUUAAGCUGGCGGAAGUUAUGCGCGAUAUGAAGACCAUCGUCAACCGGCAGGGACCGGAAGCAGAAAGUAAGCGACCGGACAGCGAGUUCGUGCAGGAGCUGCUGAGGACGGAGGGCACCAGCAGUAAUCUGGCAGCGGACUGUGACACCCAGAUCGCCAACAUUGAAAAAGGGGAAUGCCUUGUCAUAGUGGCAGGCGAAACAUCGGCAGGAAAGUCUAGCGUUCUCAAUCUUUUACUCGAAGACGACCUGCUUCCGGUACACAACAACAGCUCAACGUCCACCAUAACCGUAGUCCGCUACCACACGCGGCGCCACGUGCGCAUAGUCUACAAGACGCCAAUGCGUUCGGAUGACGUAUUCGACCUUGACACUGAGGGGAUGCAGCGGUUGCACGCGAUUGCGUUUAUGAAGUCCGCCAGCGAGCGGGAGCACCAUGAUGUACAGGAAGUGCAAGUCUUCCUACCGCUGCCUCUCCUACAGGGUGGUCUGGUUCUGGUUGACACCCCGGGGAUCGGGGAGAACGAGUUCCUGGAGACGGAGCUGGUCAACUUCAUUUCCGGUCACCACAUCCGGGGCUUUGUCUACAUCAUAAAGACCGACAACGCGGGCGGCGUGCAGGAGGACAGGUUGUUGAGCCUAUUGAAGAUCGUGAUCGAGCAGCAGCGAUCGACAACAGACGUGACGGGGCGGCGAUCCACGUUUGACCCAAAGUCCGCCUUGUUUGUUUGCAACCGGGUAGAUCUCGUCCAGAAAAGUGAGGUGGAGAAAGUGAAACAGAACGCCAUAGACAAGCUGUCGGCGUGCUGGCCUUGUUUUGACGAGUCCCAAGUACUGUUCCUGUCCACGGAGCGCGCGCGGCAAGACGUCCAGGCGGACAAGGAUUAUAUCAACGACCACUUCCGGCGACUCCUAGACUCACUCAAAGAACUCUACAUCUCCGCGCUUGAGAAGCGGAUUAAACAGUCGUACAAAUGGAUCGAGAACGUGCAAAGGCGAACGGUCCACCACCUGAAGGCUGUCGUGCGGAGGCUGGACAUGACGGACAUGGACCUCAAGGUCCAGUCUGAUGCCACCAGGAAACGCCUGACCCGCCUCCAGGACAAGUCCCACACCGUUCUUCUGGAGCAGAGGAAGAAAGUGGACGCCAAGGCGGAGGAGCUUUACCAUAUACUUCUGAAAUUGCUGUCUUCGGAGAAGUGUAAGGAGUUUCUGACAACCGGAUGGAGCGGAGAUGAGAUUCCCAAGGUGGAUAUGGGCCUCGGUGAUUGGAAGUGGAUCAAAACCCACAUUCAGGAAGCGUUCUUUGACAAGAUGAUGGCUUACGUCGAACAGUGGGAGAGAGAUGAAGAAAUCGUGGAAAAGAUUGAGGCGGAUAUUACUUCUAAGGUAAAACUUGAGCUGCAGAUUUUACAAGAAGAACUUGAAAGUAUUGAACGGGAAAUUGACGGUGAGUCUUCGUCGGUAUCGUCAGACGGGAUGUCCACUCUUGGAAAAUCACGAAGGUGUAGUAUUAUGCCACUAUCGCCAACGAAAUUGAAGUUAAUGAUAGCAGAGCCAAAAAUGCCGAUCAAAUUAGCGGGGAGAGUUACAAGACCCUUCAAAGCUGUGUUCGAACCGUUUAAAAACAAGAUGAAAGUAAAUGAGUACAAAAACAACCCCGUCAGCGUGGCGGAGGAUUGUGCUCGUGUGAUGUACAAUGAAUUGUGUUCUGGAAACGUCCGUAGUCGUCAGGGCGAGGAAAAUAUAGACCCGCCUUUGUCAGUGAUAGCUAACUAUCUCAUGCAACGACCACGGGACUAUCUAAACGCGAUUGAACGCAAAGUUCCGGAAAUGAUUCUGUCUAAUCAGUUAUUGCUCAAUCAUGUCGAAGAGAGGCUGGAUACUGAACGGAUGUAUCAAAAUGAGUAUGUGGAAAUGAUGGAGGCCACCGAGUCGCUCCGGAAGUCUCUCCGCGAAUACGGGGAGGGAUAUAUAUUUGUCGAGGACUUCAACAGAGGCGAGUUGCAAAUUCUUAAACCUACGGUGGACGGAAGAGAGGGGCAGUCCGUGGCGUUUAAUGUGUGUGACUUUAUGAACAACAGUUCCGGCGAGGUUGAUUACUCGCGGCGGCGGGACAUCCGAGGGCUGUGGACAGUAUCGUAUGGCGGCAUCCUGGUACGGAACGGCCUUGAGCGGCCGGUGGCCAUCCGCGUAUACCUUCCAUCUUCUGGCGUGGAUUUCACGUUUAAGGAAGUGGCAAAGCUGAGGUGCCUGUCCUGUCGAAAUACGAAUAUCGCGGAAUUCCUGGGCAUCCACAACGCAGAGACGCCUACCCCCGCCUUCGUGUACGACGGUGACCUGCGAUCACUCCGGAAAUGGCUGGCGACGGGGUUCUGCAGCCGGCGUGAUUUGGUACCGGAAAUGCUUCUCGAGGUGGCGUGCGGGCUCGAGUACCUACACAACAAGGGGUUGGUACACAUGGAGCUCACACAAGACACCAUCACGCUUGACGAGGAGGGAAAUGUCCGCCUUACAGGAGCCUGUCUCCCGCGUCACGCUCACUUCCCGGAUUACCGUGAGACCACCGAGGCCGGUGACUUUGUUUACCUCGCACCGGAAGUGCUUCGUAAGGAGCGUUACGAGCCGCCAGCCGAUAUCUACUCGUUCGGGUUGCUCGUUCUUGAGAUGAUCCACUAUGGAGUGCCCGCUGUGUUUGGCAGUGAGAGAAGGAUGACAUUGUAUGACUUCGCGGACAAAGUCAAUCCUGAGGCCAUGCUCAAUUUAGAUAAGACUUUGGAAAUAUUCACAAUUAAAACCAGAGCGCUUAUAAUUAAUUGCUUAGACAAAGACCCCCGUGAAAGGCCGUGUUUGAAGGAAGUCGUAGAAUUCACAGAUUUAAUAAAGACUGAAAAAGAAGCUCUUGACAAAUUUCCAACCCGGCGAUCGAAGGCUGUGAUAAAGAAACCGUCCUUUGAACGCACAUGACUGCGUGUAAGUCGGACAGUGAACGUUCAAUACUCUUUACCUAAGUAAAUACGCUGCUUUAUAUUGGCUUUUCAAAGCCUUGUUGUGGGGAAGUAAAUAGUUCUCUCAACUAUUUCCAAGAAAACAUUUUCGUUUAACUUUUCUGUAAGCAACACCAUAAGAAAGCAUACUGGAACGGCUAUUCAAGUCGUCUUAUCAACGAACUGUAUGUUGAGUGUAUCCCGCGGUUAUUCGCUAUAAAUAUGUAUUCAGAAAAUAAUAGUUUGAUCGGUCAGCUAAGUUAACUUUUAUUCAUUUUUUAUUUAGAUAGUUAAACGUUCUAUCUACUUUGUGAUGUUGACUUAAAACGUAUACAAUAUUGCAUGGCUAACAACAUUUCAAUUGUUCUAACUUUUCUCUGGCAAUAUUUAUGUUGAUAUGGAAUUAAAUAUCGAAUGAACUAG